AUGUCUGCCCGAUUGUCGCCCGGAGGGGCGCUCCUGAGAUCAUCGCGGAUGUUCUCCGUACCCAAACCACUCUCGAAACCUGGAGGCGAAGCCGCGGCCAUUGCACGAUUCGCAUCCCCGACGGCGACCGCGCCCUUCCCUACACACCAAUCCAUCACCACAACCGAAUCCUCGAGGGUUCUUGGUGACUGGGGCUUCAAGCGUUCUCUUCCGCUCCGAUCCACAACGAAGAGCUCGACCCCCGUCGUUCGUAUCAAGCAGAUUGACUGCUUCGAGAAUGUCACCGACUAUUCCUCCGCCGCCGACCACACCCUCUCUCUCCAGAAGUUCCAGGAGCUCAAUCUACCCAUCUCACUACCCGGGACCAGCCGAUCACGCCUAGGAGGUCUUAGCAUCGGCGCGAAGUCCGUCUUCGAGGAUGAUGGCGACUUCACCUCCGUAGAGCCUGGUCGCGAAAACGAGGAGAAGAGAUGGAAGUUUAAGGGCCCCUGGCUGGCUGGUCUCACUGAAGGCGAGUUCAACCGCUUUCUGCGCAAGAGCGUCCGCAACAAGCGCGAGGCCUUCCGCACCUUCUUGAAGAAGCGCAUUGCCACCGAAUUAACGGCUGCGGAGCACCAAAAGUCACUGGACGCCGGCAAGGAUAUGCCCCAGCAGGUCCUGGCCCAGGAUGUCACCGAGGAGCAGCUCACCGAGUACCUUCGCAAGCUGCGGUCCGACCGCAUCACGCUGUACUCGCUGGUUAGUGAGUUCCUGGACCUCGCGCCCUUGAACCCGCCCAGCUCCCUGUCAGAGUUUGGCAAGUCGGCUGAAGGGACGAAGCGUCCCAGUCUGUAUGCCGAGAACGGCCCGCCCAUUUCUCACCCUUCGGGCGGUAUCUCUUACCUCCGUACCGCGGCCUUCGCUGAGAACCACCCGGUCUACGGUCCUCAGGCACACCAGACGCCCGUCUUGGCCCGUAUCGUCGCGCCGAGGUCAGGACCUAGCAACGCGAAGCUGGGUGUGGGUGGUUUCAUCACGGAGACGCCUCAGGGCGAUACUGCCUUCAACCAAAGAUCCUUCCUUGGCCGCAAGUCUGGCAUCGCCGGUGUUGCCUCGUUCGACCCUGAUAUCAACGGCGGCGCCAAGGCUUAUGUUCAGCCCACUUCUGCCCGCAUGGACUCUUCCGGCUUGAUGCAGAUCACCGUUAGCGAGGCCAACGAAGAGGCGCAGCUGAUCUCCAAGGAGAUGGUUGGCAAGGCCAAGAUCUACAACGACAAGACCAAGGCUGAGGGUUCGGCGGGACAGGACCGCAGACCACUUGUCCGAACUGUGCGAGCAGCCCAGCAACCGGACAAGAUGGUGGUGGGCAGCUCCAAGAGCUAUGGACUCGACUCUUGA